GACGUUUCCCACAACGUUUCGGCGCGAAGGAAACGCUGACUGAACUCGGAUUCUGCGGGCGUUGCGCGAAUUAUCCGGAUCCUCCAUUUUCUUUUCUUAGUCAGUUAUUCAGUUAACAGAGAGAGACGAGAAAAGAGCAGACUUUCACAAUGGCGACGAAAGGAAAAGGUGGACCCCCAAAGCUGAACCAAUUUAUGCAUCCUCGCAACCCUUAUCGCACUCCGCCGAGUUUUAAGAAGCUUGCAAUGCAGUAUCCAGAGUUCAGGGCGCAUUGUACAUAUGACCUGUCCGGCAAGGUGCGCUUGGACUUUAAGAACUGUGAUGCAUUGCGGGCGCUAACAACAUGUCUUCUAGACCAAGACUUUGGCCUCAAGGUGGAUAUACCUGAUGGUCGUUUGGUACCAACACUUCCUUUACGUCUCAACUACCUUCUAUGGAUAGAGGAUCUGAUGACACUCUCAGCAAGAACAGAUCAGAAAUGUACAAGAAUCGGAGUGGAUAUUGGUACUGGAUCAGCUUGUGUUUACCCAUUGCUUGCUGCUAAACAGUUUGGUUGGAGCAUGUUAUGCACUGAGGCAGAUGAAAUUAGCUAUGAAAGUGCAGUUAAUAAUGUUAAGAAGAAUAGUAUGCAGGAUGAGAUUUUUAUCAAGAAGGUCCAAGAGAAUGUAAUCUUGAAGAAUGUUUUGGAUGACGAAACAAGUCUAGCAGAGAUUACUGCUUUACGAGCUAAGGAAGAAUCGAUGGACAAGCCUCAAGAUUCACAAGAUCCGCCUGGCAAAGCAGAAGUGGAACUUGAGACGAAUGACAAGAAAGAUCUGGAAAGCAGUAAUUACAUCUUUGACUUCACCAUGUGUAAUCCACCCUUUUUUGGUUCAGAAGAGGAAAUACACACCAUGAACAAGAGCAAGAAAGGCAGAGGAGAACCUGUUAGUGUUCCAACAGGUGCUGUGCAAGAGAUAGUUACUUCUGGAGGAGAAAUAUCAUUUAUUACACAAAUGAUUGAGGAAAGUUCUCAGUUGAAAGAUAAAGUAAGGAUGUUCACAACACUAAUUGGAACCAAAGCAGACAUUAAAAAAAUAAAACAAGUUUUAGCCACUGUUAGUCCUGCACAUUCAUCAGUUACAGAGUUCUGCCAAGGAAGAACCAUGAGAUGGGGACUUGCAUGGACUUUCGACCCAAAGUUGCAACUGAAUCAAGUAAUGAGUAAGAAACAAAUGGCAAAUACCAAGCCAAUGGUAAUGAUAAUGCCUCGCAGCUUAUUGACAGCGUACUCUGUUCCAGCAGCAUGGCGAAUGGUUGCAAAAUGGUUGCAUUAUCUAAAGGUUAAGGUGCGUGUCUUCAAGAAUACAAAGUAUUUUGUAGGUGCUCAUGUUAAAGCAUAUAAACCAACUUGGUUACAUCAGAGAAGGAAGAAACGAGAGCUCGAUCGCAGAAAUAAAGAAAAGACACACAAGACUGAAGAGUCCGAUGACGUGGAAAUAUCUGGUGAGGGAGAGACCUUGUGUACAGAAGAAAGGAAUGAGCAGCAUCAAGACCUCAUAGAAGAUGACACAAUGAAUCAGAAUGAAGAACUUUCAGUUGAACAAGCAACAGAAAGGCAACAAACACACAAACGGAGUAAAGAUGAGUGUGAAGAAAGCCAGGAAGAGAGUACUCAUGAAAGGAAGAAACAAAAAGUUUUCUCAGAACAAUUAAAUAAGUCAACAAAUGGAUCAGAAGAGAAACCCAUACCAUAUCAUAUGCUAUCGCCAAAUGACUCGGGUAUUGGAAACAGCCCAGAUAAAGAAAUAUCUUCUAAUUCAGAGUUCCUGAAGCAGAUUAGUGAAAAACUACACAAGCAAAAAGAACCACAUGUGCAUCAGGCAGGUGGACUGGAGUGCAUUCUUAGGUUUAACAUCCAUUUGAAGCAAGCAGGAGGACUUAUCAGUCUGGAAUUGACAUAUCUUGGUGGCUCAGCUAGUAAAAAUGGUCUUGGGCAGUUGCUUCUGUUUAUGAGAAACCAGCUGACAAAUCCAACUAUUUGAAACCGUAAAAUGUCUGAGCAGUAAUCCAAAGACUACUAUUUUGUUAAGGUUCUAGUUAAUUUGUUAAUAAAAUUGAUUGAAUUUUUCACUUACAUUG